AUGGAGUUUGGAAACCACACUUCUUUGAGAUUUUUGUUAUCAUCAGUAAAUGUUUUGCUCUUCGUCAUUGUUGCCAUGAAUUUAUCACCAAAUGCUUCAGCUGCAAGAUUUUUGUCUAAUGAGACUGAUCAGAUUGCUCUCUUGGAAUUCAAAAAUAAGAUAUCUGAUCCAAAUGGAGUUCUGAACUCAUGGAACCAUUCACUUCACCAUUGCCAAUGGCCAGGAAUCACAUGUGAUGCUCGCCAUCAAAGGGUCACAAUCUUAAAUUUACCAGGUAAAAGCUUGUUUGGAACCAUAUCUCCUCAUGUAGGAAAUCUCAGCUUUUUGAAGUUUUUCAAUCUCGAGGAAAACCAAUUCCAUGGUGACAUUCCCCAAGAGGUUGGUCGCCUGCUCCGGUUAAGAUUUCUUAACCUGUCAAGUAACAUCUUGACGGGAGAAAUUCCAGUUAAUCUGAGUCAUUGUUCAGAGCUCAGGGCCCUAAGCCUGAUCCGGAACAAAUUAGAAGGAAGAAUCUCAACUGAGUUGGGCUCUUUAAAGAAGCUUGAGACCCUCCAGCUUGCUGUAAAUAAUUUGACAGGGGAAAUUCCUUCUACAAUUGGGAACCUAUCCUCAAUCAAGCAAUUAUCCUUCACCUUUAACAAUUUGGAGGGAAAUCUUCCAGAGGAGAUAAGCUUAUUAACCACCUUGUUUUUCCUAGCAAUGGGAUCAAAUAAGCUAACAGGUCAAAUACCUUCAUCCAUGUAUAAUAUCUCUACACUCACUUUCUUUACUGCACCAGAUAAUUUUCUUUAUGGGAGCCUUCCAACCAACCUAGGUCUCAAGCUACCGAAUCUUCAGAUAAUAGGUAUUGCUGGAAACCGCUUCUCUGGAAAAAUACCUGUUUCAAUUACCAAUUGUACUAAGCUUGAAGUAAUUGAUCUUGGUGAUAAUAAAUUUGAAGGCCAUGUUCCAUACAACCUUGGAUAUUUGCUGAAUCUUAGAAUUCUGAGUCUGCAAGGAAAUCUCUUGGGUAGCAAUUCAGCCGGUGAUCUAAACUUUCUUGUACCUUUGACAAACUGCAGCAAUUUAGAAAUACUCUCUUUGGCUAAAAAUAACUUUGGUGGUGAAUUGCCUAAUAUUCUUCAUAAUCUCUCAUAUCAGUUGACGCAUUUAUACCUAUCAGAGAACAAGAUAUCAGGAGCCUUUCCAUCCGGAAUUGAAAAUCUUGUACAUUUGUAUAUACUGUCCCUGGCAAAUAAUUUAUUUACAGGUGUCUUACCAAGUGAUGUUGGCAAACUUCAGAAACUGGAGGUAAUGGUUCUUGACAGGAAUAUGCUUUCAGGACAGGUACCAUCAACCCUCUGCAACAUAACCAAUCUAUAUGUUCUGAACUUGUCCAGCAACAACUUCCAAGGUGACGUUACUCAUAGUCUUCGGAACUGUCAAAGUCUACAAAUGCUGUUUAUUUCACAAAACAACUUCAGUGGAAGUGUAUCCCCUCAGAUCUUUGGGUCAUACAUAUCGCCCACAAUUCUAGAUUUAUCACACAACUCAUUGAGUGGUUCCCUACCCCUUGAAGUAGGAAAAUUGGAAAACAUUCAACGGCUAGUUGUCUCCAGCAACAAAUUUUCCGGAGAAGUUCCUUCAACACUUGGAGAUUGUUCAAGCAUGCAGUACCUUGAUAUGCAGAGCAACCUUUUCAAUGGAACACUUCCACCAGCUUUGGCUUCUUUGAAGGGCAUCCAGUUUUUGGACCUUUCACAUAACAACUUCAGUGGGCAAAUACCAAGAGACAUAAACAGGUUGGUGUUUCUGAAGUUUCUGGAUAUUUCUUAUAAUGACCUUGAAGGUGAAAUACCAACUGAUGGAGUUUUUACAAAUGCAAGCCAAAUAAGAUUGGUAGGAAACAGUAAACUUUGCGGAGGCAUUCCUGAGCUGCAACUACCAUCUUGUCUUGUCAAAAGAAAGAAGAAAGGAAAACGUCUGCUAGUACUAGUUAUUCCCCUGGUCCUCAUAGUAAUACUAGUAAUUUCUGUCACAUUCUUUUUGUAUCAUGUUUUACAUAAAAAAAGAGAUAAAUCUGUGAAAGAGUCCUUGAUGAUGCCCUCAGAUCCGAUUGAGAAGAUAUUAAGAAUUUCUUAUCAUGAACUCUACCGUGCUACGGAAGGAUUUUCAUCCACCAACUUAAUUGGAUCAGGAAGCUUUGGAGUUGUGUACAAAGGAAAGUUAGAUCAACACCAAGACAAGGAAGUUGCUGUAAAAGUUCUUGACCUUCAAAAAAAUGGGGCUUCCAAAAGUUUUGAGGCUGAGUGCAAAGCAUUGAGAAGCAUUCGCCAUAGAAAUCUUCUCUCGCUCUUAACUUAUUGCUCAAGCAUUGAUACCAAGGGUAAUGAAUUCAAGGCACUAGUCUACGAAUACAUGCAAAAUGGAAGUCUCGACAUGUGGUUACAUUCAGAAUUAGCAGAAGCAACUAGAUCAACAAAUCUAGACCUUCUUCAGAGGAUAAAUAUUGCAGUUAAUGUGGCUUCUGGUUUGGAUUAUCUUCACAACCACUAUGAAGUUACUAUUGUUCAUUGUGAUCUGAAACCAAGUAACAUUCUUCUUGACAAUGACCUUAUAGCUCAUGUGGGUGACUUUGGAUUAGCAAAGCUUCUUCCUAGAACUGCUGACAUUGAUUCUGAGCAAGAAACUACCAGCAGUGCUGUUGCACUAAAAGGAUCCAUCGGAUAUGCAGCUCCAGAGCAUGGGAUGGGGCGGCAAGUAUCAACUGAAGGAGAUGUCUACAGUUUUGGGAUCCUCUUGUUAGAGAUGUUCACAGGAAGGAGGCCAACAGAUGAUGCAUUUGUGGAUGGCUUGGAUUUACAUAACUACGUCAAGAUGGCUUUGCCAGAGCAAGUUUUGAAGAUUGUGGACCCUUUACUACUUUCCAGCGAAGCAGAAGAAAAUAAAGUCGUGCUGCAAGCUGCUUCAGAAGAUGAGGAAACAAAUCAUGGUAAAAGAGCAGUGGAAAUGAAUGAUGGAGACAUUGAGAGUUCCUCAGAUGAAACAAACAACGUGCAAAAAUGCCUGAUUUUGAUCCUUAAAGUUGGACUUGGAUGUUCUCAAAAAUCACCAAUGGAUCGUAUAGACAUGAAGGAAGUCACAAGAGAAUUACAUUUCAUCAGAGAUGCCUAUCUUGGAGUUAGAAAUCGAUGA